UCAGCCGAUAUUUUUUUGUAGACAUAAGUGUCCAUCACUAAACAGCUGUUUCGAGCGGCCAGAAAAAAGCAGAGAGCACAUGCGUUUGAAGAGCGAAAUUUGAUUUAAUAUUUGAGAUUAUUCAUGGCUAACUGAAUAAAGAAACCCGGAAUCCAGAUUCACAUGCAUCAGAACCCAUCGGCCAGCUAGAAAACAUGCCGCGACGCUAUCAGAAAGCUCUCAAUUUGGCCAAAUUCAGUGCCCAGGUCAAGAUAAAAACUAGUGAUAAUGAAUCCGAUACCGAAGACGAUUUUCCGCCGGAUCAAGAAGCUGAGGAUAACAAUGAGCCCGAUUAUCUACGUAGCAUUUUGGAGAAUGCACCGCACUUCUCCAAUCCGGGCAUGAACACUGGAAUGUUGGGUCAAAUCCUGUACGACCAGGACGAGAAUCAGAAGCAGGACUUGCCAAACUGCUCGGUGACGGUGCCGCUCCCUCUUUUUCUGGCCAGGGAUGGACAGACGCCUCGGGAGGAAGCAUGCAUCCAAAGACCAGGCGCCUACGACGAAUGGACACGUAAUUUGCAAUUGCACAAGGCAAUAUUUGAUAGGCGGUUCAAAAAUAUGCGACAGCGUGAAAAAAAGCAGGAGCAAGGUGUUCACAGUGCGAGUCUCUUUGAGAUGGCUGAGCAUAUAGCCCGGCAGGAAAAUUCCUUCUUCAGGGAUAGCUACGAUUACUACUACACAGGCGGAAACCUAAACACGAUGCCAUUUGAAGGAGGCCAUCUGGCCAUGCAUGUCAGUGGUAACAAGCUUAGAGAUCUGCACUUUUCCAGAGAUUAUGGUGAGGCGGAGUUUUGGCAGCAAUUGCAUUCGACUCAUCUAGAGGAAGCCUCCAGCGAAGUUUUUGAACUUCAGCCACUGGACAAUUUAAAUCGGAGUCAUAUGUUCCUAGCGCGGUUUCUGAACGAGGUUUCCCUAUACCAACUUAAACGCAAAGAGGAGCAGGAUCCUGAAGAUUACGAACUCAUUCGCCAAUGCAUGUUUAGCAGUCAGGAAGCUCCAUUAACAAGCGUAGCACAAUCAAUGGCCAAUGCCAAUAACUUGGCCUUAGCUAGCCAAGAUCGUUCCUUACGCUUCGUGGAUAUUCCGACACAAAAGGAUAUAGCCAAGCUUGAUGUUUGCUUGCUAAAAGGGCUAAAGCAAACCACGAGUACCUGGGCACAAUUAAUGCCAGCAGAUGGAAGCACCUUUCACUACCUAACACAGCCUGUCUUGCUUACCGUAGAUGUACGAUGCAAUCAACCACUGAAUCCUUGCUUUGCCAGCAGCGUUCACUCCAAAGCUUGCGAGAGGUUCUCUAGUUUGGCCAGAAGUGUGAAUCCCAAUCUUCUGUAUGUGGCUAGUAAUCACAAGCUCCACUGUUUGGAUAUCAGAUGUUUGGGUAAAAAGCUGACCGAUCGUGCUGUGGUCACCUGGACGCAUCAGAUGACUUUUCCUCCCAGUUUUAUUGACACAUGCGCCCACGAGAACAGUGAAUAUAUUGCAUUAGCUGGACUAUUACCCAAAGAUCUUCGUAUUUGUGAACUGCAAAAAGCCCAGGCAAAAACGGUGGAUGAAAUGUUUUCGCCUGCAAUACCUUUUGCGCCGCUAACCUUGGAAGAAGCUUUAAUAGAUGCUCGCUUGGGAGGAUUUACCAAUGUCUAUGCUGAUCUUGCAGAGCGGGUAACGAGCUGCAUGACAGGAAUGCGCUUUCAUCGCUUGGAGGAGGCAAGUGAUCAUGCUUUUGCCCAGCUACUAACCUCAAACAGCUUAGGAGAUGUUUACUGCCAAAGAUUAACGCUAAGGGAUGAUGAAGAGCACGUCCAUGACAUCAGAACCGGACUUCACACCACGGAAGCCAUUCGCUACCUUGCCAAUGCCGUUAAUGAACGCGUCCAACGCGAGAGCCUGCGCUGCACAGAAGUACAGUCGAUACCAGAAAUAAGAGACAUUUUUCGGGAUGCAACCAAGAGAUCAAAACCUGAUGAAAAACCCCUUAUCGUAGAAGAGAUCGAAAUUGACUAUGCGAUAAAGGAUACGGAUGUUUCAGAAGAUGAAAGCCUAGGCUCCGAAAAGGCACAGGCAGAAACUUCGAAAUCCAAGAAAAAAGAUAAGAAAACAACUAAGAAGAAAACAAAAGAGAAACCAAAACGGCAACCCAAAAAGAAAGCUCCCUGUGACAGAAACGUAAGAAAGAAGAAAAGCAUCAAUCGCGGUUCUUGGCAGAAAUCCGCCUACCAACUGUCCCACUAUACGGACAUGAUGUCGAUUCGUUUGCUGGACGUGUGGGAUAUGGAGGAGUACGAUACCACUCGGGAUGUGACCAAAGAAAUGUUCGAAGAGCGAUUUAAGGAUAAGCAGCUGGAACCGGAACAACGCAUGGCAAACUGGUUGGACCAAUUGCCCAGUCAAGCAGGGCAGCCCACAGAGGACGAGGUGACAGAGGCCAAUCCCGACAUGGUGCCCGGAACAAGUCUUCCAAAACUAUAUGGCGCCACCACAGCGAACUACACUGUGAUUGCAGCCCCCGACCCUGAUAAGGACAUUGAACAGCCCCAUAUUAGUCCCAAAAGAGAAUCCCCUAAUGCAUUUAGUCGCGAGUUUUCAAUCUUGCUGCCUGGACAGAAUACUAUUAUCGAGGACUAUGCUACUCCCCCGCCAGCUAAGAGGCCCAAGGUGAAGCACAUCAUGGGUUUCUAGCUUAAGUUAAUGUUAUUGAGCUUAGUUCUUGUUUAACAUUAAAAAAUAAUAGAUUAUAAAAUAUGUUGACUAAGUAAUAGGUAUUACAUAUAGAAUUUAGGAAAUGUAUAAACUAAAU